UUUUCUUUAGUUCGCGAUUCGAUUACUUCAUCGAAUGACGGCGUACAAUUUGACCGUUCUAUUGUAACUACAUUUUUUCUUAUUAAUUAUUGUAUAAUUAUAUUAAUUUUAAAUAAAACUCCUUGUGUAUAAUGGCUCUUUUUCGUGUGACAACUAGUCGAAUUAAUGAAACAUCGAAACUUUUCCCACAACUCACUGCUGUACUGCGACAACUCAGCGAUGCCAGCACCGAUCUCAAAGCUGUUUUGGCAGCGAAAAUACCGAAAGAACAGGAGCGUAUUAAAUCGUUUCGGAAGUCACACGGCAGUACCAAGGUUGGCGAGGUCACCAUCGAUAUGAUGUACGGCGGUAUGCGAGGCAUCAAAGGUUUGGUGUGCGAAACGUCAGUAUUAGACGCGGAUGAAGGUAUCCGAUUCAGGGGAUUUACGAUUCCCGAAUGUCAGAAGAUGCUUCCCAAAGCCCCGGGAGGAGAAGAGCCCCUUCCUGAAGGCCUAUUCUGGUUACUGAUCACAGGGGACGUUCCAAAUAAUAAUCAGGUCAAAGCGCUGUCAAAGGAAUGGGCCGAACGAGCCGCGCUUCCCGCUCACGUUGUUACCCUCCUGAACAAUAUGCCCAACACUGUUCAUCCGAUGUCGCAGUUGUCCGCCGCAGUUACCGUUCUUAAUAGUGAAAGUAAAUUCGCCAAAGCCUACGCUAGCGGUGUACAUAAGUCGAAAUAUUGGGAAUACAUUUACGAGGAUAGCAUGGAUUUAAUUGCGAAGUUACCCGUGGUUGCCGCCACUAUUUAUAGAAAUACGUUUAAGGACGGUUCCGGAAUCGGAGCCAUAGAUACUUCAAAAGAUUGGAGUUAUAAUUUUACUUCUAUGUUGGGUUAUGACGAUCCUCAAUUUAUUGAAUUGAUGCGUUUGUACCUAACAAUUCACAGUGACCACGAAGGAGGCAACGUUUCUGCUCACACAGUUCAUCUGGUCGGUUCCGCUUUAAGCGAUCCGUACAUUUCGUUUGCGGCCGGCCUAAACGGAUUGGCGGGCCCUCUCCACGGAUUGGCGAAUCAAGAAGUACUUAUUUGGCUCGAAAAACUUAGAACGCAAUUAGGUGACAAGGCGACAGAAUCGCAAUUAAAAGAUUUCAUAUGGAAAACAUUGAAGUCCGGUCAAGUUGUACCCGGUUAUGGACACGCAGUACUUAGAAAAACAGAUCCACGUUACACAUGCCAAAGAGAGUUCGCUAUGAAACACUUACCAAAUGAUCCACUCUUCCAGCUGGUUUCCAGCAUUUACAAAGUAGUGCCCCCAAUUCUUUUGGAGACUGGAAAAGUAAAGAAUCCAUGGCCGAAUGUUGAUGCUCAUUCUGGCGUUCUUUUACAGUAUUAUGGACUUAAGGAGAUGAAUUAUUACACCGUCUUGUUUGGUGUAUCUCGAGCGCUUGGAGUUUUAGCAUCGUUAGUGUGGGAUCGUGCUUUAGGUUUACCAAUCGAGAGACCGAAGUCGAUGUCUACCGAUGGUCUCAUGAAGGCUCUUAAAGCUUAGAGUUGCUUCAAAGUGCAAUUUCAAACUCGCUGUUUAGAAUUUAUUUAAUCAUUGACAAUAAAGCAUCACUUCUGUUAUUUAAUGGACACAUUCGAUUCGUAGCAGUGUAGUAGAAGUUCACUAGACAUAGUGUAAAUCGAUUCAAGACAAAUUAUUGAAUAAGUUCUUUACAGUUAAUAAUAGUACAAUAUUCAAUCUAACUAGUAGACAUGAGAAUUGUCCUGAUCAAUGGAUCUAGUCGAACUGGAAAACUUAGUUUUCUCACUUUCGUUGUAUAUUUCUUUUCAACAUUGAAAUUUGUAAUAGCAAUCUUGACAGAUCUUAGAUUUAUUUAUCAUUCAGAAAGUGUUCAUCGCAUAUUCACACUUGUAAUAUAUUUUUUAAUGUAUUUAUUUUGGUUGUUAUUUAGUACUAGAACGUAAAUAAAGUGUGCUGUUAAUAA